GACCUGCACAGUCCGAGCUGAGUUGUUAAACCAUGCAGUUCCUAUUUUCUCUUCUCUGUAUCUUGAAACUAAUCAACUCCAGUCUUGGGUUCGGGUUCUCAAUAGGGUCAUGUUUAACUGCAGGCCAGAGAUGUACUGCUGAUACUCCAGCAACAAAAUUAUCCAACCAGUGUUGCCAACAUCUUAACCUGAUCUGCAUAGAAGAUCCUGACUCCCCUCAGCCUAAACUCAGUGCUGUAGACUCUAAACCCAGCAUCAGUUUUGAUUUUAAUAGUAUGGAGGGAAUAGUUUCUGGUCUAAACAUUAGUGAUCAAGUGAUCCUAUCAGGACCACAACAACGACGGAGAGAGUAUGCUGAAGGUUACAGGCUCGGAGUGGAAGCUUUAAAUAAUCGUCGGCUUGUUUGUACUGCAGCUAGGCAAUAAUCUGCACAAUGGCAUUUCAGAAUCUCAGGAUUUUGGAAAGCUCUACUAGAUUCUUACCGGUCCGACCGUAUCUUCGUACUGAUCUUGGAUUAAUUCCGCUCCAUGAUUAGCUACAUUUCAAUAAAAGUACGGCAUUCAAAAAUGUAUUUUCGCCUGGCAUGUCCUUUGACUGUGGAAUUUUAAUGUUUCUAGAUUGUAAUGGAAUUUAGAUUAUAGGAUGAAAUAUAUUCUUCGCCUAAAAAAUCA